AUGGACAUCGACAAUGAUGUCGAAGACGACGAUCCCAUAACUGCCAGCUACCCUGUCUUCCUGAACCCGGCUCUCCCUCUAGGGCGCCGCCUACUCGUCCUGCAGCAGCCCAAUCGCACGGAUGACACACCGCGACCACCGCCGACCGAACUCCGCCUGAAGGCGCAUUCUGGCAUGGUCGAGAUUGACUUGCCUCUGGACAAUACAACCGCCUACGACCGUGAGAAAGGUUUGAAAUGGGGCCGCAUUCUUCAGUCAUCCAUGGCGUCAAAGAACGGUGGUAGUCACGGUCUAGCAGGUGGAUUUGGCUUCGGCGCCGUGCAGCAAAGAGGCAAGAAGAAGGGUGAGAUGGACGACGACGAGUACAUGGACUGGAACGAGGCUGUUCGCCAGGACAAGGUGUUGAGGACGCAGACACUGGGCGGGCAGUACCCCGACACAGACGAAGUUCAAUACAUGGUUGGCGUAUUCCAAGGGAAAAACCUCCACCUCACACCCGUCUCUUCUCUCGUCCAUCUCAGACCUCAGCUCCACCAUCUCGACGCAGCCACCCAGCAAGAACGCAACGCCUCUGCCUCAGCGUCCAAAGAAGCAGCAGGAUCUUCAUCAACCGCCGCCCGCGCCAUCCACAUGACUAUCAAGAACACCGCCGACGGCGAUGCAGUCACCACAGAAACCAUGGCAGACAGGUUACGCUUUGUGCAGACAGAAAACUGGCGGAAGAUGAGAUAUACGGACGAAAACGACGAGGCCGCAUGGGAAGUGUACAACGAGAGUCUAUUCCUGCAGCUCAGGAACGACACCAACAAAUCCGAGGACGAAGGAGAGACGAAGGAGGGAGAAGGCGCGAAAAAGGAUAUGGAGGAAUUAGUGCCCAGGUUCGGGGCCAAGUGGAAUGAUAAGCAAAUGCUGGAGGCUGUGAGUGGCAUCGAGAAGCCCGAUCCAGAGCCAGAGAUCAAGCCCGAGCCGAAAGGUAAGCAGGAUGCUGAGGAUACAAGGACAUCCAAGGGGAAACCACGGGCUGGCGCAGCUCCUCCUGCUACGAGAAAACCCAGUAGAGCCAAGGCACCGUCAAAAGCAGCAAUCACCAUCGACUAG